UGGUCCUUUAAAAGACAUCUUUUUAAAAAAUUAUAAAAUAGUACACCUGGUGCUCUCCAACUACACGUGGAAUCUGGUCUGGAUUUGGAAUAUUUCGACUUCUACUUUAUAGUCCUGCGUUCUUAGACAACUCUCCAAGAACUUGUUCCAAAGGUUCUCAAUGCAAUAUUGAUCUGCGCAGGCAGUUUGGUCUCCAUUUGAAGAUGGCAAUCCACGUGGAAGGGCUGGUAGCAAUAAUUCUGUUCUAUCUGCUUAUUCUGUUUGUUGGAAUAUGGGCUGCGUGGAAAAACAAAAACUCCGGGAUAGCAGCCGGAACAGAUCGCAGUGAAACCAUCAUGGUUGGCGGGAGAGAUAUAGGGUUAUUUGUUGGGGGAUUUACAAUGACAGCUACAUGGGUCGGCGGAGGAUAUAUCAACGGGACUGCAGAAUAUGUAUACUUACCCGGGUUUGGACUAGCCUGGGCUCAGGCUCCAUUCGGAUACGCACUUAGCCUUGUAGUAGGCGGUAUGUUUUUUGCUAAACCAAUGCGCUCCAGAGGCUACGUUACCAUGCUGGACCCGUUUCAGCAGAUCUACGGUAAAAGAAUGGGAGGGCUACUCUUCAUCCCCGCUCUCAUGGGAGAGAUCUUCUGGUCAGCAGCUAUCCUAUCAGCACUAGGUGCAACUUUGAGUGUGAUAGUGGACAUGAAUAUCAACACGUCAGUCAUUGUCUCUGCUCUCAUAGCAAUCUUUUACACUCUGGUGGGAGGGUUGUAUUCUGUUGCCUAUACAGAUGUGGUUCAGCUUUUCUGCAUUUUCUUGGGGCUGUGGGUCAGUGUGCCUUUUGCAUUGUCCAACCCAGCCGUGUCAGAUAUAGGAGUGACCGCUUAUAAAUAUGUUCAUCAGGAGCCCUGGCUGGGAUCCAUCAACCCAUCAGAUAUAUACAUGUGGCUGGACAACUUCUUUUUAUUAAUGCUGGGGGGGAUUCCCUGGCAGGUGUAUUUCCAGCGGGUUCUUUCUGCCUCCUCAGCUACCUAUGCUCAAGUAUUGUCCUUCCUGGCAGCGUUCGGCUGUUUGGUGAUGGCUGUGCCAUCUGUUCUUAUUGGCGCAAUAGGUGCAUCUACAGACUGGAAUCAGACUUCGUAUGGGCCUGUGCAGCCGAAGAUGAAAGAGGAGUCAGACAUGAUUCUGCCAAUAGUACUCCAGCAUCUUUGCCCCUCAUAUAUUUCCUUUUUCGGUCUUGGGGCAGUGUCAGCUGCAGUGAUGUCAUCUGCUGAUUCAUCAAUCCUAUCUGCAAGCUCCAUGUUUGCCCGUAACAUCUACCAGCUUGCAUUUAGACAAACGGCAUCAGAUAGAGAGAUCGUGUGGGUAAUGAGGAUUACCAUUUUCGUGUUUGGAGCCGUGGCAACAGCCAUGGCCCUGUUAACUGGAACAGUGUACGGCCUAUGGUAUUUGAGCUCAGAUCUCGUCUAUGUCAUCAUCUUCCCUCAGCUGCUGAGUGUGCUCUUCGUUAAGGGAACAAACACGUAUGGGUCAGUGGCGGGAUAUAUCUUUGGUUUGCUUUUGAGGAUCAGUGGAGGAGAACCAUAUCUUAAACUCCCCCCCUUCAUUUACUAUCCCGGCUGGACUGAACAGGUGAAAGAACAUCCUCUAACAGGAGCAGUAGAACACAUCAUUGUUCAGAAAUUCCCAUUCAAAACCAUCUCAAUGUUGUCCUCUUUUUUGGCAAACGUGGCAUUCUCCUACCUAUUUAAGUAUCUUUUUGAAAGUGGUUCACUGUCUCCUAAAUAUGACUUCUUCGAUGCUGUUUUGACAAAGCACAGCAAAGAAAACAUGGAUAAAACCACUUUGGUUAACAGCGACAAUAUCGUACUGUCUGAAUUAGCACCUGUCAAACCAAGACAUAGCACUACAGUCGCUGCAGGAUUCGUAAACAAGGAGGCUUUAAGUGAUGAGGAUACUAGCCCAAAUUCGUCAAACAAUGAACUUGACUGACGCUUCUUCAGGGACAAAUAAACCAGUUUAGGUGAAACAUAUAGUGAAGAAGGGUUUCAGCCAAUUAACCAUUGCGUUUGGAUCUGGAUAUUCAGCUUUAAUUGCUGCUGUAUAAAUGAAUAGGCAACGAAAGCAUACCAACUUAAUUAAUAAUUUGAACCACAGCCAUCGAUUAAAAAGCGCUGUAGGAUGAACUGCAGUGCAAUAUUAGACUGGAAGUUAAUAAUAGCCACCAUCAUGUUUGGAUACAUUGACUUCCAUUUAAAUAGGUAUGUGCAGUUUUCUUUUCUUUAAUAUUUGCUGCAGGGAAUCUGGAACAAUGGAGCAAUAACAAUGUGUUAACUCCCACAAACACAUUGACAAGCAAUAGAUUAACUACUAACAAAAAGGACUCCUGUACCGAAUGUACAGUAACAAUACGAACCAACAUGAACAUAAUUCAGUAAGGUUUAUUCGGUGUGUUUAACAUUAAUGCCCCUGUCAUAUAAUAACUGCCAUUGUACGUAUACAAAUAUUCUGCUUAGCUUUGCGGGAACCACGCAUUAAAGAACAAUUUAGACCACAAACCCUACUGAGGAGUAGAUGCUGUGCCGUUUUAUUGCGCUAUUUCCCUGUUUUAUGGAGCUAUUUAAUCAAACUUCUAGAUAUACUGUUGGUCAAAAUGUUAACACCUUCAUUUAAAAUGUCUAAACUGCUGCUCUAGAAAGUUUGACUGAAUGCUGCUCACAGGGAAAUAUCAAGGCUGUUGUAUGUUUUCAUUCAAUCACUCCCUUAUGUCCGCUGACUGUAAGCACCACACCAGUCUUGGAUUCAAGCCCUUGCAGAGUAGUGGAAUAAGUGUUUCAUUCCAGUCCACUCUUUUUUUUGUUAGUGUCCUGCUCUUUGUUUUUCUAUUACUAUGGUUGGAAUUUCACUUUGCAUAUUGUACAGUUGUGGAGUUAUAUAUAUAUAUUGCUAUUUCAGGGCUAUUGAGUUGAGAAUAGUUAAUAAUAAUGGCCACAGUUUAAUGGACACCUGUUCUGUGGAUCACAAUCUAGUGGACAGCUUGCACAAACAUCACUACUAUAACUUACAAUAAUACAAUACGUAAGUAAAAUACAAAUGUUAUAUUUGUUUCUUGCCUAUUUUUUCAUAAACUUAAUGCAGAAUACAUAUUUCUACCAAUGAGAAAUCUUUUCCCGAAGAUGUCAACAUUGACACUUUCUAUGUAGCGAUAAAUCUCUAUAUUAUUAUAUAUACUAUAAACUUGAAUUUGUGCUUAAAGCAAGUGCAUCCCGAAACCCAUUCAGAAGAUUCCUUGCAUUUCCUAAUGUCCUGAGAACAUCACCGGCAGGAGUCAAGUGUAAGCACCCCUUGGAGCCAUGUCGGUUGGGUCACAAGCCGAGUCCCGGGGCAGGAGCACAGUAUGCAUAUGUUCAGCAUUCAGAGCAGAGGGGUUACAAUGGUAAGCGGGUGAUGCAAACGUCAUAAUGAAUUGGACCCAUCUUUCCUAGCUAUCCAAGAAAGUAGCUCAGAUUUGGGAUUAAAUAACCUGAUCUUCAUUAGAGCUACAUUAGCUAAU